GCAAACUAAGCUAGCUGCUUACAAACCGUAGAUUGAUCAAUACCAGACCUUAAAGACACAGAGAAUCGAAACAACAUAAGGCCAGGGAUAUGGGAAGGGGGAAGAUUGUGAUCCGAAGGAUCGAUAAUUGUACGAGCAGGCAAGUGACUUUCUCAAAGCGUAGGAAGGGUUUGAUCAAGAAGGCAAAGGAGUUGGCGAUUUUAUGCGAUGCAGAAGUUGGACUUCUGAUCUUCUCAAGCACUGGAAAGCUUUAUGAAUGUGCAAGUAACAGCAUGAAAUUAGUCAUAGAGAGAUAUAACAAAACCAAAGAGGAACACCAGCGACUUCUUAAUCCAGCAUCAGAAAUGAAGUUUUGGCAAAGGGAAGUCACCAUCUUACGGGAGCAACUACAGAACUUGCGAGAAAACCAUCGGCAGUUCAUGGGGGAACAGCUUUGUGGUUUGACUCUUAAAGAGCUAAAGGGUCUAGAAAAUCAAUUAGAAAUGAGUCUGCAGGGUAUUCGUUUGAAAAAGGAAAAAAUGUUAACUGAUGAAAUUGAAGACCUAAAUGAAAAGGGUAAUUUUAUUCAUCAACAAAAUUUGGAACUGUACAAGAAGGUUUUUGGCACAAGCUCCCUGAAUUCUGAAAAUCGAAGUGGUUGCAUUCCCUUUGGCAUGAGCACAAAUGCACAAAUGAGGAGUCACAUCUCCCCAUCCGCCUUCAGCUAAGCCGAGAUGGUCAACAAACUUAAGAGGCUAUUCCAACAGUCUAUAUAUGAAAGCAGUGAGAGGACUUUGGACAAAUGCCCUAAACCACAUACCUUAUGACCCAAGCAAGUACAAAAGAGUGCGCUCUUCCAGUUCUUCUUAUGAGAUGAACAAGUAGAAUACCUCAACGAAACUUAUAUUAUACUUGUAUAUG